UCGAGGUGGCCGGCAUUUUGAAACAUAAAGCGACGAAAAUUUUAAUAAUUAUAGAAGAAAAUUCCAUCAUGGCAUCAGAUCCAAAUGCGAAGCUGAGGGCUCACAUGUUUAAAAACAAAGGGAAAGAUGCGGAGGAAAUGCGACGUAGAAGGCAGGAGGUUACAGUAGAGUUGAGAAAGUCAAAACGUGACCAGCAUGUACUCAAGAGGAGAAAUGUUCCAGCACAAGACAGCACCGACUCUGACGACAAUGAGAAACCCUGCACCCAGUCCCUGGAAACUAUCGUACAAAACGCUGCUAAUGCAGAUCCUACAACUAAGUUAAAUGCUGUCCAAGCUGCAAGAAAGCUAUUGUCCAGUGACCGUAAUCCACCCAUAGAUGAUUUAAUAAAUUCAGGAAUUUUACCCAUUCUGGUUCAUUGUCUAAUGGAUGAAGAAAAUCCAGCAUUGCAGUUUGAAGCCGCAUGGGCAUUAACAAACAUAGCGUCAGGGACAUCCGCCCAAACACAGGCUGUUGUACAAGCAGGGGCUGUUCCACUGUUUCUAAAGCUGUUAGGGUCACCUCAUCAGAAUGUGUGUGAACAAGCAGUUUGGGCAUUAGGGAAUAUUAUUGGUGACGGUCCACAGUGCCGAGAUUACGUGAUACAGCUUGGGGCGGUCAAACCACUCCUCUCCUUCAUAAACCCCAAUAUACCUUUGCCCUUUCUGAGAAAUGUUGCUUGGGUGAUUGUGAAUUUGUGUCGGAAUAAAGAGCCUCCCCCGCCGGUGGACACGAUCCAGGAGAUUCUGCCUGCCCUCUGUCAGCUCAUCCACCACACCGACGUCAAUAUUCUUGUUGACACAGUUUGGGCGUUGUCGUAUUUGACAGAUGGAGGAAAUGAACAGAUACAAAUGGUGAUAGAUUCAGGAGUUGUACCACAUUUAGUACCGCUUCUCAGUCAUUCAGAGGUCAAAGUUCAGACCGCGGCAUUGCGGGCAGUUGGCAAUAUUGUAACAGGCUCAGACGAACAGACACAGGUGGUUCUCAACUGUGACGCUCUCAUGCACUUCCCAGAACUCCUCAGCCAUCCAAAGGAAAAAAUAAACAAGGAGGCGGUCUGGUUCCUGUCUAACAUCACAGCAGGCAAUCAACAGCAGGUGCAAGCCGUUAUAGAUGCAGGCCUUAUAUCCUUAAUACUUCAUCACUUAUCCCACGGGGAUUUCCAAACUCAGAAAGAGGCUGCAUGGGCGAUAAGUAAUCUAACCAUCAGUGGCAGGAAGGAACAGGUGAACUUUGUGGUAGGAAAAGGUGUAAUUGCACCGUUUUGUAACUUACUUGGUGUGAAGGACACUCAGGUAGUCAAUGUGGUGUUGGACGGCCUGAACAACAUCCUGAAGAUGGCAGGAGAAGACACAGAAGGCAUAUGCACUAUGAUAGAGGAGUGUGGAGGUUUGGACAAGAUAGAACAUCUACAAAAUCAUGAAAAUGAAGAAAUUUAUAAACUGGCAUACGAAAUUAUAGAUCAUUACUUUUCGGAUGAGCCGGACGAAGAUCCUAACCUGAUGCCCCAAGCAUCAAAUGAGGGCUACCAGUUUGAUCCCAACUCCCAGAUACCUCGAGAAGGCUUCAAGUUUUGAUGUGAUCUGCGAAGUGGCAUGGCAUAUAGGAGUUCUCGAGUGAAGCAGUUGGUGGUGUGUUGUACCCUUGUGUGCACUGAUAUCCGACACAACAGACUUGGCUUCACUGCGCACCAUGAACGACAAAAUUAAUCAAGGAUCCGAAACGGAAGCAUUUACUUUUGGUAUGGCCCAACCCCUCGGACCCAGCUUUCAAAGCUUCCUAUUAUUGAGAGCUACCUCCGGUCUUUCAAUCAAAUAACCAGGGGGCACUGGUCAAAUUCUGUUUUCCCUCUCGGAAAGUGAAGCAAAUUUCGACAGUUUUGACAGAUUCGGACAUUUUUUUUUAUGGACACUUCACAGAGUCAUGGUGUCAAAAUUGUCAAGGACCCAGUUUGUUGUGUUUAGGUGUUUUUUUUUUUUUAUGUUUGUUUUGUGACUCCUUAGCAAAGCCUGAUGCAGACAGUAUAGGGUGAAUUUGGCUGCAGGAUGUUGCUCAAAGGGGGAUGUUCACCGAGCAGUUUCACAGGGACAGGCUAGAGCAGAAGUCAACUUUUGUGUCGGUCAAAAAACAAGAUUUCAAAACAUUGCUGAGAUUUUUCGAGAAAAUGCAGUGGCUGAACAAAUGUGUUCUGGUCGAGUGACUGAUUAGAGGAUUAUCAAUAAUAUUAAGACAGACUCAUGAAAACUAAAGCAUUCGACUGUGCACUGGUUUCACAUUUGACUGCAACUCUGUAUAUGGCUGUACCAUUGUGCUUUGGCAUCAAAUAACAAGGGGCAAUUUCGAGGAUGGAGAUGUACCGCUGUGCUUUGGCAUCAAAUAACAAGAGACAAUUUCGAGGAUGGAGAUGUGUCCGUUGUGUUGGAUCCAUGCUCUGAUGCCCUGUUGGGUUAUGAUGGAUAAUAUGUCGUGUGUUUUCUAAUUUUUUGUUUUGUUUCUGUUUUUAAAACCGCAUUAUCUAGAAAUUGAGGUAGUUGUUACUGCCUCUGGUUUAAAUGCAGUGGAAAUCUCACGAAUUCUUCAUUGGUAAUGUAUUGUUCACAGGACACUGUAGACCGAUAUGAUUAUUAUUAAGGUGUCCCAUUUUAUAAUGGGAAGUGAGAUGGUGGGGGAGAGGGGCAGGGGGGAGAAAUCGGUCAUAUUCUAAAUCUGCAGAAGUACAACAUUGAA